UAAAAAAAGAAAAAAAAACAUAAAUAUAACUAUUUGACUAUUUGUCCAAGUUUUUCUAUUAAACAUUGCCGUUUUACAUUAAAAAUGGAAAAAUACAUUAAGAUUUAAACAUCUAUCUUAAAAUAUAAAAUAUAGAUAUUAACUAAAUAUAAAGUAUAAGAAUGUAAGAACUGACCUCUUUGCUAAAGGGGCUCGUCUCCAGAAUUCUAUUUUAUCCCAUGUAAACUCUUUGAUUCCGACGUUGUUAGCGGACUAACUUCUUCGUCUUGAAUUAAUAAAACAUGGUGUUUGCCGUAAAAAAAAGUUAAUUAAAACUAUAACGCAGAAUUUUUGCUUUAAAAGACUUAAGCAAAAGUUAUAGUUAGUUCGGUUUUAUCAUUAAAAGUUAUAUGUAGUAGUAGUGUUCAUGCUGGGAGAUUUCACUUAUCAUGAGUACACAUCUCUGUGUAAUCUCUCCUCUAUUUCUGUUUUUGGUACCUAUUGGUAUCUGCUGUUUUGUUUUUCCUUCUUUCAUUUGUUACCCUAUACGUUGCCUGUCUAGGCUUUGUUAUUGAAACUUUCAGUGUUAAAAAAAAAAGUAGUGUUCAUGCUAAUUAAUCCUCUUCAAUGACCUGGCCAACGCUGUGGGAGAAUCUCUGGUUGGCGCACAACUGUCACGUGCUAAUAAACUGGGCCUGAGAUAUACGUAUAAGCAAAGCCACCUACGCCUAAAAGUUAUGAUCCAUUUAUUUUCAUCUCUAUUUUCCAUUUUCGGAUUUAGGAUUAUCUUAAAAUUCUUUUUUUUUUUUUGCUUAAAAUUAUCUUAAAAAAUUCUAUUUAUUAAUUCUAUCUAUGUAGUAGUUAUCAAUUUAAUUCAAGAGAAGAUAAUAAAUUUUGGGAUCACCACUCGUUCUCCUUUUCUUUUUUGGAUCGGACUCCUCGUUGUCACUUGUCACCUGUGUCAGGGCUUCAUCAAUCUUUGGAUGUAUACAAAAUAAUGGACUGUGGGGGAUAUUUACGUAAAUAUAUAGCAAUAUGAACAUUUAAAAGUGCUUUUAUGGUGUUGAAACUUCAUCGAUUGGCAAAUCAAUAAUUCAGAGAUCAGAUAUAUUUUCUGAAUUUCAUAUGAAGUAUAAAAAUCUGUUAAAUAAAAGAUUUUAGUGAUAAAAUCAUUCAACUAUUUUUAAAUUGAAAAAAACUUAACUAAACUUUCAACAUUUUAAACUCUCAUCUUAAAAAUCGUUAACGUCAAACUCUCAACUUACCACUUGAUGCACUUGAUGCCACUGAGGCAAUGAAAAAUGACCAAUGCCUCUUAACCUAAACAGUUCAUACCCACAGUUCCAAAGUCAGAGGGAAUGGUAAAUACUAUUUGGCUUUGGUCUUUCUCACACAGACGCACGCAAUUUCUCUUUCUACGUGUGUGUAUAUUUACUACUUCUAUAUGAUAUCUCUCUCCCCAAUAAAAAAACACUCAUCAGAGUCAUGUGUCACUUUUUACUUCAAUUUUAUAUUUUUAUGUAUAAAUAAAUCAAAACCAAAAAAACUAAAAUUUUAGCUUGGGAAAUUUCCAGUAUAAAUAGAGGCAUCAAGACUCCAAAGAUGAACAGGUUUAAUAUCAUAAAAGAAACCAAAAGGUCUUAAAAAGCCUUUUUUAGAACUUUGCUUGUAUUGACCAAGCAACCUUUGUCCCUAUAAGAAAAUUGCAAAAACAUUUCGUCCAGCAUCAAGAUAUGUCUCUUCCUGAAACAAAAUCUCAAACCCUUUUAGAUGCUUGGGACUUUCAAGGCCGCCCUGCCGAUCGUUCUAAAACCGGUGGAUGGACUAGCGCCGCGAUGAUUCUCUGUAUUGAGGCGGUACGUAGAGAGGCUGACAACUUUAGGUAUCGGCGUUAAUUUAGUGACUUAUUUGACGGAAACUAUGCAUUUAGGCAAUGCAACAGCGGCUAACACCGUUACCAACUUCCUCGGAACUUCAUUCAUGCUCUGUCUCCUCGGUGGCUUCAUAGCUGACACCUUUCUUGGAAGGUACUUAACGAUUGCUAUAUUCGCCGCAAUCCAAGCCACGGGUGUUUCGAUUUUAACCCUCUCAACUAUUAUACCGGGACUUCAACCACCAAGAUGCAACCCAACGACGUCGUCACACUGCGUACAAGCAAGUGGAAUACAACUGACGGUUCUGUACUUAGCCUUAUACCUCACUGUCCUAGGUACAGGAGGUGUGAAGGCAAGUGUCUCCGGUUUUGGGUCAGACCAAUUCGAUAAGACUGAACCGAAAGAACAGUCACAAAUGACCUAUUUCUUCAACCGCUUCUUCUUUUGUAUAAAUGUUGGCUCUCUUUUAGCCGUGACGGUCCUUGUCUACAUGCAAGACGAUGUUGGACGCAAAUGGGGAUAUGGCCUUUGUGCAUUUUCAAUCGUACUUGCUCUAAGCAUUUUCUUGACCGGAACAAAUCGCUACCGUUUCAAGAAGUUGAUCGGUAGCCCAAUGACUCAAGUUGCGGCGGUUAUUGUGGCGGCAUGGAGGAAUAGACAGGCUCGAGUUGCCGUCGGACCCGUCGUAUCUAUACGACUUGGACGAUGUUAUCGCAGCUGAAAAUUCGAUGAAGAGUAAAUCAAAGCUGCCGCAUACCAAACAAUUCUGGUACUAUUUCUAUUGUCUAAUUGGCUGCUUUAUUUUCAUUAAUUUGAAACAUUUUACUCAAAGAAACAAAUCCCACCUAUACUUACGGUUAUGAUUCAUUAAGGCUAAAAUAUUUUUAAGAUUCAAAUUUGAUAUUUUCUAUAUUUUAUUGAAAGGGUUCAUCUCAAAUUAUUGAGUGUGGUGGGUUAAUUGAAUGUGAUAGUAUAGACUUGAGAAUGUGAAAUUAAAAGUGGGGCUGUGUGGGUGAGAAAUAACCCAAAAAGCUCGUGUCCUUUAGUUGAAGGGAGACUCAUUAUAUGCCUACUUGGCAUUAGAAUCCAAUUAAAAAGGAUUGAAAUGGUUUCAUUUGUCUCUUGUAACGAGGUAAAUGAAAAUUUAUCAUAAAAAAAUUACUACUAUUCGACCAUACAACGAAACUGGUCCAUGCCAGAGCAUGGAUUUUAUACAGCUAACUACAAUAUUUUGGAUUAUUUCCUUAUAGUUGUGUACAUGUGUGUGUGUACUUACGUUAGAUAGCUUGUCAAGUUCAAUACAUAGUAUAUAGGUAAGAAAAUAAGAAAAUAAAAGUCUCCUAAUGUUAAUAAAAAAAAUAAGAAAAGUUCCUCAUGAAGAUUUGAUAAAGAUGAAGAAAAAAACUUAGGGAUAUAUGCACAUUGGGUAAUAUUCUCCAUUGUUACUUUUCCUCUAAAUGAAAAAAAUAUAGAAAAUUUCACAUCAUAUGUUCGAUUAUUUGGUUAUUGAAACGAGAAUUACUGACCGAACUUGUUCUAUUGGCUGAAUAUCUAAAAUAUUAUAAAUUUUGUUUUUGUUGGAAGAAAUCUGAUCUCAUAAAAGAAUUAAAUUAAAAUUAUGGAUCUCGUGAAAAUAUACAAGUUUCGACAACCUAUAAACAACAUUUAAAAAAUAACUUAAGCCCCAAUUUGUGGUGAAAGUAAAAGUAGGUUAUCAUAUUCCAUUUUUUUAUUUUUUUUAUUUUAUGAUGAAAUUGUUUGCUUUACACCUUGGGUUUUGAAUGGUGACGGAUUGCACAGCCCUGCAUCACCCUUAAUAAUAACGAAAAAUUUCUACAUAAAACAUAUAUGUAUACAUAUAUAUUUUUAUCUAAACUAUUAAAACAGAAGUACAAUUAAUACUUAAACCUGACUUUUCCUUAAUAAUUACAAUAGAUUGCCACUGGCCUAAAACUAUUAAAACAGAACUACAAUUGUUUUGUUAAACCAUUCUAAAUAAACUGCCGUCAAUUUGCCUUAAAUAAUUCACACUUCUCAUCCCACUAACUUGACUAUCUUAAGGUUUUUGAUGAAGUUUUUUAAGCGAUUGAUUUGGUUCUCGAAAAUUUAUUAUGAGUUGUUUGAAGAAUCCAUGAUUUCAUGUGAAGUGAUUGCGUUCAAUUUUUUUUUGAUUGAGAAACUCCGGUGAUAGAUUGUUGGAGGAGAACGGUGGUGAUGGAAAAUAGAAAUUCUGUUUGACGGCUCAAUCAAAAUUUUAAUAUGAAAAAAAAAAAAUUUAAUAUGAGACGCAUUGAGCUUGCGAAAGUCAAUCAUUUCACAUGUUUAAAGGUUAUUCUCCUUCUCUCCCGUGAAGUUGUGUCUUCGUUUGAUGUAUAGAGUUCCUAUCCUAAUGGGUGCUUGAAGUUUCACAUUUCAUCCUCAAAUUUCAUUCUCCCGAUUCUGAUUUUCGUUUCAAGUCUGAAUGUGGUUCCUUUUUCGAUUUGCUUACAAGUGUUGUUAUAGAUUAGUUCUAAAUAGAUUAAUUUAGAUUGAUUCAACAUAGAAAGCAAUAUUAAUUUGUUUCAUGGUUGCGAUGGUGGUGGAGGCCGAACAAGAAGAAGAAGAGAGGCGGAGAAGGAGAGAAGAUAGAGACGGCGUAGGUUUUAGAUUUUUAUUUAGUUUUUAUUCUUUUUCUUAAAAAACUUGGUUUAUUUUGGUUUAUUUUGAUGUACUGAUCUUAAAUUGGUAACCAAUUUUGAUAUAUAUAUAUAUAUUAUUAUUUUAAAAAAAAUAUUUUUAAAGUUAUGUUUUAAAAUAUAAGUUAAAUAAUAACAAGAAAAACAUUAUUAAAAAUAUUUAAUUGCAUGUAAAAAAUGAUAUAGCAUAUCAUAAUACUAAAAAUAAAGGAUCAACUUUAAAUCCCAAGAAGAAGUACAAUAAAUCUCAAUAUUUAUAGUUUAAUUUCAUAAAAUCUACAAGUAUACUUAAAACUCAAUUAUUUUAUAUUUUAAUAUUUAUUUUACCAAGUAAAAUGAAUAAAAUCAAAAUAAAAGAAAAACACAAUUUCUUUUUUUUUGAAUUGAAAAAAAAAAAAACACAAUUUCAUAGUUUAUAAAAAUGUAUGGUUCAUUUUCACUGUCUAGCUAGCUAUUGAAAUGGGCAACCAGCUGUACCAGAAAAUGUCUUUUUAGAACAUUUCCCUCUAAAAAAUGAGAAAAGUCGCUAGAAGCUAAAUAUAUAUAUUUUUUUUUUUCGAAAAAAAUAUAUGGGCUUCGAAGAAGUUCUUGAUGUCUACUAUAGACAAUCCACUAUGUAACUGUAAAAUAUGACGUACCAAAUUUUUAUUUAUAACAAAAUGGCCUAAUUCAGUAACCUAAAUUAGGCUUGCUAAAUAAAAUUUGCAAAAAUUUGUACUUAUUUGAUUUUUUUCCUAACUUGCUUCUAUUUUUUCUUAGGUUUUUGUCUGUUCUUAAAAAUAUCAAUGUAAGAACUUUAUAUUCAACUUUAAAGCUCAAUAUUUAUAGUUUAAUUUCAUAAAACCCACAAAUAUACUUAAAAUUCUAAUAUUUUGCACUUUAAUAUUUAUUUUACCAAGUAAAAUGAAUAAAAGCACAAUAAAAAAAAAACACAAUCUCAUGGUUUAUUAAUGGACCCUCAACACAUUGAACAAGAAACAAAUAUAUCGAAACUCAAUAACAUAUGAAUCUAUAAUAAGAACAUAAACAAUUAUGUUUAUAUAAACCAUUUAAAAGUGAAAACAUAUAAUUACGAAAAAUUUAUCCGCGCGGACGCGCGGGUCAAAGGCUAGUUGCUAUUAAAAUCGCUUCCUCUAGGGUUUUAUCUACUCAUUCCACAAUACCUUAUUGUUGGUAUCGGCGAAGCCUUGAUAUACACAGGACAGUUGGAUUUUUUCUUAAGAGAAUGUCCUAAAGGUAUGAAAACGAUGAGCACGGGGCUUUUAUUGAGCACAUUGGCGUUAGGAUUUUUCUUCAGCUCUGUUCUCGUGACUAUUGUUGAGAAAUUCACGGAUAAAGCUCACCCUUGGAUCGCUGAUGAUCUCAACAAUGGCCGUCUAUACAAUUUCUAUUGGCUUGUGGCCGUAAUUGUUACUUUGAACUUCCUUAUUUUCCUCGUUUUCUCCAAGUGGUACGUUUACAAGGACAAAAGACUAGCUGAGCUUGGGAUUGAGUUGGAAGAUGAGCCAGAUAUUCCCAUGGGUCAUGCAUGAUCAUGAUGAUGAAUAAUGUAUUAUUGUCGACAUGUAUGGAUUUGAUUUCGAGUUUUGUGGUAUAUUUUAUGAUUUUUUUUUUCAGUUUACCUCUUGUUUCCGAGUCGACAAAAUUAUGGACCGACUGAUAAGGGAUAAAGAUUCCCGUCAAGGUCGGCAUAAAAGCAGAAAUUGAAACAUUUCUUAGGUUUUUUUACAACAAAAUGGAAAAUUUGUUUAAUUUAACGCAA